AUGGCCAUUCCUUGGGGAAUACUCAAGUCUGCCCUCUUCUUCUUUGGUCCCGUCGCCAUCCCCCGAGCAAUCUCGUACUACCGCUCGAGCAAGACCGUCUCCAAGUCUGUCGGCAUCUCGGUGCGCCCUGUGCCGCGCGCCAUCCGCUACGCCCUGGCGCUGCUCGCCCUCUUCGUCGCCACGUUUGUCCUCAAGACGCUGCCGCCCUUUGUCCCCGAGAACAUCUUUCAGCGCACCGAGACCCGACUGCAGGCGCCGACCGACGUCAUAUUUCGACGCCUCGCCGUGUUGCGGCCCGGCGACGCCCUUACGGCCGCCGACGAGGCCCUCCGCGGCAAGUUUGUCAAUCUCGAGAGCCGCCUUCUCUACCUGCAGUAUGGCCCGGCCGCCCUGGCCGACUGUCUUUUCUGCAACUCGGACGAGCCCAAGAGCUACCUCUACUACGCCGCGCCCGCGCUGCUGUGGACGCACCUCGCCAACUUCUUCGCCGUCGCCGUCGUCACGAGCCCCUCGUGGACGGGCCGCUACGGCCGCCAGUGGCGCGGCUGGGCGACCAUCGCGGCCGGCUCCAUGGCCUCGGCCGAUGUCUGGUACGUCGCAAACUACAACCACCAGGCCAAUUCGCGCGCGCUGCGCCUCGACGACAUUGAUCCCUUUUACUGGAGCGCCCGCGCCACGCGGUUUUGGGCGCUGGCUGUCUUUGACGGCCUGCUCGGCUACGCCAUCUACCUCUCCGCUACGAACCGCGCCUUUAUCCAGCUGCCGAGCCCCGCUGAGCGCAUCGAGAAUGUCAACCGAGCGCUGCACAUCGCAAAGAGCAAGCUGAGUGCUCUCGGCAUCAUCAAGAACACGACGCAGCGCGACACCGAGCUGCGCGAGCGCAGCGACAUGUACUGGACCCAGGAGGUGCGCCUCAUGUCUGAAGCCAUGGAGGAGCGCGAGGUCAUUGAGGGCGUGUCCGAUGCGCUGGAGAAUAGGCUAAAUAUCCAAAAUAUCACCCGGGAUGCAGACACAUACACCACCAUGGUGCUGCAGGAGUUGCAGGAAGAAUAG